CAAAGAUCGUAUAUUUACAUUACAUCACUCGGAAAAAUUUAGCAGAAAGCGUACAUAUAAAAUAAUUCAACACCAAACCAACGAAAAACCAAAGUUCAAAAAAUGGCUGCUACAACGGAUGCUAAGACUUACAAGUUGAACCACACGAUGGUUCGUGUGAAGGAUUUGGAAAAAAGUCUCAAGUUUUACACAGAAGUUUUUGGUAUGAAAUUGAUUGACCAAUGGGUUUUUGAAGAAAACCAGUUUUCGCUUUCAUUUUUGGCUUUUGACGGGCCCUCUGCUCUUCAUCACGGUGUUGAACGUUCCAAGCGUGAAGGUAUCCUAGAACUCACCCAUAACUUUGGCACAGAGAAGGAAGAGGGACCUGUGUAUGUCAAUGGAAACAAUGACCCUCACCGUGGAUUUGGUCACAUUUGCUUCUCCGUUGAUAACAUCGAAUCCGCUUGUGCAUACCUCGAGUCCAAGGGCGUUGCUUUUAAGAAGAAGCUCAGUGAUGGCAAAAUGAAGAAUAUUGCUUUUGCUCUUGAUCCCGAUAACUAUUGGAUUGAGUUGAUUUCUCAAGACGAAAAACGAUCUGAGGCUCAUACUGAAAACUUCCGCUUCAAUCAUACGAUGGUCCGCGUGAAGGAUCCUCAAGCCAGUAUUGCUUUCUAUGAAAAGCUUGGUAUGAAGGUCAUUGACAAGUCCGACCAUCCUAAUGGAGAGUUCACUCUUUACUUCUUAGCUUAUCCUGCAGUUCAAACCCGUCAUAACCGUGAAGGCAUCCUCGAGUUGACUCACAACUGGGGCACUGAGAAGCAAGAAGGUGCUGUUUAUCAUAACGGUAAUGACGGUGAAACUAAGGGAUAUGGUCACAUUUGUAUCUCUGUAGACAAUAUCGAAGCUGCGUGUAUUCAGUUUGAAGAAAAAGGAUUGCCUUUCAAGAAGAAGUUGACCGACGGCAGAAUGAAGGAUAUUGCCUUCCUUCUCGAUCCUGACAACUACUGGGUUGAGGUGAUUCAGCAAAAGUAAAGACACGAUAUCAUGAUUACAUUUUUUUAAUGGUAAAUAAAAUUACGCUGAAAAGAAGACUACAUAACUAAAGCCACUAAACUCUUCCUUAAGGUAUUGAAUAAUAGUAGGAGAAUUUAAUU